CGAAAUGACGUCACGCUCACAUGUAUCUUAGCCAACAAGCAAACAAACGGUAAAGGGAGCCGAAAGAACGUCCAUACUGAAGAGGUCGGAUCUUCAAGACCAUAAGACAGUGAAAGAUUCAAAGAUGUCUUUUGUUUGGGACUGGUUUUCUGGAGUUCUCAACUACCUUGGACUGUGGAAGAAGUCUGGGAAGCUGGUGUUCCUGGGCCUGGACAACGCUGGGAAGACCACUCUACUCCACAUGUUGAAGGACAACAGAAUGGGACAGCACGUUCCCACCCAAUAUGCCACAAAGGAAGAGAUGGCGAUAGGAGGGAUCACGUUCACCACCUUUGACCUCGGCGGUCACGAGACUGCGCGGCGAGUGUGGAAAGACUAUUUCCCGGCAGUUGAUGCCAUAGUCUUCAUCAUUGAUACAUGUGACAAAGACCGGUUUGAGGAGUCCAAGAUGGAGCUGGAGGGUCUGAUGUCAGACGAGCAGGUGGCCAAUGCCCCCAUCCUGGUCCUGGGAAACAAGAUUGAUGUCCCUGGAGCUUGCUCUGAAGAGGAUCUUAGGGCUAUCUUCUCUCUAAUCGGCAGAACCACUGGCAAGGUCAGGGUUCAUCUACUGUUGACUGAUGCGUGAAGAGUUGACUGGAAUAGACAGUGGCGCAUACAAUGAGCAGUGUUACGUGCAAAAAGUUGUGUAUGUACAGAAAGAGAGGGCCUUGCAACGAGGCUAGAUACUGUAUUUACUGUAAGUAUAAUACUUAGCUACAUUACAUAAGUGCAUUGGAUAACCUAAGAACGGUUAUACCUUACCUGAAAAUCUCUGAAGUGAAGUCAAUUGAGAUUAAAAAAACAGGAACCUAUGCUAGGGUUGUUUGAAAUCAUGCUGCGUAAAGUUAGCUCACCAAAGAUGCCAUUUUGGUGGAACUACAAUUUUGGAAUGUAUAGGCUGAAUGUGAAUGUAUUAUGUCGGUAUUGUUGGUGUAUAGGGCAAUAUUCCAAUGAAGGAUCUUCAGAGCAGACCAGUCGAGGUAUUCAUGUGCUCUGUACUAAAGAGACAAGGCUAUGGAGAAGGAUUUCGAUGGCUGGCUCAAUAUUUAUGAUUUAUAAUAGCAUGAGAUGUUGACUGUAUUAUUAUUUAUACAAUGUUGCACUUUUAUUUUGUUUCAUUCAACAGAAAUUAUUAUUAUGAUGUCAAUGUGUUGCUUGUAAUUUUGAUGAUUUACCUUUUUGCACUGA